UUAGUUGAGCGUAUGCGUUGUGAAUGGACGGAAUGCGGUCAGAAUUGUUGAAAAAAUAAGAGAAUACUUACACAAUUUGUACAUUUUCGCUCCAAAAUCCCUCCUCGGGAUGGUUAUUUAUUGGAAAAGUGUGUGAAACUCUAUGAAAUUGUGUGACUCUUUGAUGUGGCUUCCAGUGUCUCGUUCCGGAGGUGGAGUGUCAAGUGGCCAGGGAAACAUCAAAGUUUGAGUCAAAUUAUCCAACAAGUGAUUCUUUGUGGGUGUGAAUCACAAGGAAAAAGUGUCACCGACAUCCGCAGACGCUUUCUGACCCAGAUAAGUCGACAGAAGAAGUGACUUGAGAGAGAGAUAGGAGAAAAAUGCUGGCGGGAAUUCGCGUUGUUCGUGGACCGGAUUGGAUAUGGCAGAAUCAAGAUGGGGGUGAAGGACACGUGGGCACAGUGUGUGAAAUUGGACGAUCCGGUUCAGCUCAUUCGCCAGAGAAGACAGUCGUUGUAAAUUGGGAUUCUGGCCAUCGGACCAAUUACCGAGUUGGCUAUCAGGGUCAAUAUGAUUUAAUUAUUGUGGAUAAUGCGCAAAUUGGUGUAAAACAUCCAAAUAUUAUCUGCGAUGGAUGCUCAAAAGUUGGAAUAGCCGGCAUUCGAUUUCGCUGUGCUCAGUGCUCGAAUUUUGACUUAUGCUCUGCAUGCUAUGGCAGUGAUAUUCAUGAUUUGGAUCACUCAUUCAUCAGAUACCAGACAAGCAAUUCAGUCGGUGUCCGAUUGCCGCCACGUGAGAAUGCGGUGAAGAUCGAGCUGAAGGGGAUCUUCGUGGGUGCUAAGGUGGUACGAGGAGCUGACUGGGAGUGGGGAAUGCAGGACGGCGGCGAGGGCAAGACGGGACGUGUGAUGGAAAUCCGGGGCUGGGACAAUGAAUCGUGUCGCAGUGUGGCAAAUGUCUCGUGGGUCUCCGGAUCCAUUAAUGUCUAUCGACUGGGCCAUCAGGGCAAUGUGGAUCUGAAGUACUUGCAGCCGGCGAGUGGUGGAUGGUACUACAAGGAUCACAUGCCAGUGUUGGGUCAGAUAGAUGAGCAGAAGUCCACAACUGUGCCAGCACUCAAGACGACUUUCACCGUGGGCGAUCGCGUGAAAAUCUUCAUGGAGCUGGAGAUGCUGAAGAAGCUGCAGAAGGGACACGGUGGCUGGAAUCCCAGGAUGGCGCAUUUCAUCUCGAAAAUUGGCAUUGUGCAUAGAGUGACUGACAAGGGAGAUAUUCGUGUUCAGUAUGAUGGCUGCACAAAUCGAUGGACAAUCCAUCCGGCGGCCCUCGUGAAAGUGUAUAAUGUUGGUGAUCUAGUUACGAUAAUUAAUGAUAUGGCUCAAGUGAGGCAUCUGCAAAAGGGUCACGGCGAGUGGACCGACGCAAUGAAGCAUGCGCUCGGAAAGACGGGAAAGGUGAUUAAGGUGUACGAUGACGGCGAUUUGCGCAUCCAGGAGCUUGAUAACGGGCCCACGUGGACGCUGAAUCCCAAGUGUGUGCGUCUUGAGCGCUCCACUGGCGGUAAUGUUGCCGAGCGAUCUAAUAGUAUGAUGGAUUUGAGUCACCAGAGAAUCGACCAUGUCAUGCUGCCACUGUCCGGACUGUCGGGAUCAUCGGCCGUGGACAGAUUGGUGAGGGAUGCAGCACAAGGGAAGCUGGAAAGUGUUCAGUUCUAUCUCCACUCUCACCCUGAGCAAGUGGACGUGAUGUCGGGCGGGAAGACGUGCCUGCAAGUGGCUGCACACCAGGGCCACAUAAAUCUCGUCCGUUACCUCCUUUCUGUGGGCGCCAACGUGAAUAUGGUGGAUAAAGAGGGAGACUCCACACUCCACUAUGCCGCCUUUGGCAAUCAACCAGAAGUGAUGCGUGUCUUGCUGGAUCAUGGGGCCGACAUCAACAUCCUCAAUGUCACACACUGCUCGGCACUUCACAUUUCGGCGCACAAGAAGCCACCGCACUGUGUUAAGGUAUUGCUGGAGUUUGGAGCUGAUGUGAACAUCCAGGAUUCGUACGGUGACACAGCUCUGCAUGAUGCUAUUGGCAAGGAGAAUUCAGAGGUGGUGGAUUUGCUCUGCAACGCCCAGAAUCUCAAUUUGAACAUCCGCAAUAAGAGGGGCUUCAAUGCUCUUCAUCAUGCUGCCCUCAAGGGUAAUUCACACGGCAUCCUCAGGAUUCUACAGCUCGUCCGACAGACAAAUGUACAGUCAAUGGUGGACUUGGUGAAUCUGAAGAAAGAGGAUGGGUUCGCUCCGCUCCACCUUGCGGCCCUGAAUGGACACGCGAAAGUUGUGGAGGUGCUGGUGAAGGAUGGCCAAGCCCACAUUGACAUCCGCAAUAAUCGGCGUCAGACACCGUUCCUACUCGCCGUGUCGCAGGGUCAUGCUGCCGCCAUUGAGACUCUGAUCGAUUUGGGCUGUGAUAUUUUGGCAAAGGACGAGGAUGGCGACAAUGCAAUGCACCUGUGCAUCAUCAAAAAGUCCAAUUUGAUACAGGAGGUGCCUCAGCUGGAGGCGCCCAAGAUUUGGGACAUUUACCAGGAGUUGAGUCACAUUGCUGAGAAUAGACUCAUGUACACAAUUUUGUGCUUCCUGUCCAAGAUGGGGUGUCGCAGUGAACCGAAUUACAAGGGGACGCACUUCUUCGACUGGAUCACUGACAAGAACAUGAGAGACCUCAUUGGGAGCUACGAAGGCCAGAGGAGACAAAUUCCUGUGCCAGCCGAGAGGAAUCUCGCGGGUGGUUUCGAUGCUAAUCCCGAUCAAGUGUACUCCAAUGUCUCUCAGACUCUGUCAACGAGUGGUGGUGCCACUGACAACAGUCAAUGUAGCAACGAUCAGGUGGCCAGUGAGUCUUCUAGUCAGCCAACAGCGGCGGAGGGGGAUGUGGUCGUCCCGCCGAGCACCCCGGCACGUCGUCAUCGUGCUGGGAAUCGCGACACGUCGACGCCGAGUCCUCAGCUGGCCGCCCAGACGGAGCCGGAGGAGGCGGCGCCCCAUGUAGUGCCAAAGAGGAACAACACGGACGCCAGGAGUACGCCUCCGCUGCCGCCAAUGAAUCGCUUCCGAGCCGUGUCCCCGCCCGCGGGUCAUGACUUGCCAGGGACAUCUAACAAUCUGUCGGCUGCCGGCGGCACUGAGCCGGGCGUCGGGGCAGCUUUCCACAGCAAUCUCACUGUGGGCGACGCGGGACGCGCUUCGGCGGCAUCGCCCAGUCGCCUGGCGUCCAAUGCGUCGGGCUCCUCGACGUCCGGACGGCACGUGAGCCGGAAGCAGCUGAACAAUGCGGCGCCGACUCUCAAUGUGGCACCCGUGCCGCACACGGCCAAUCCGCAGGAGUGCAUCGUGUGCAAUGAAGUGACGGCACUGAUCAUCUUUGAUCCGUGCUCGCACCAGAUCAGCUGCGAGGAUUGCGGGCUGCGCAUGAAGAAGUGUCUGUCGUGUGGAGUGCUGAUUGAGCGACGGCUCACGUUCAACGGGCGACUCGUGACAACCAAAGACGCCGCGAGGCAACCGUCAGCGGACAGAUUGAGAUACCUGGAGAGCAAGAUUCUGGAGAUUGAGGAGACGCACUGCUGCAGCAUCUGCAUGGAGAGGAGGCGCAAUGUGGCCUUCCUGUGUGGCCACGGGGCCUGCUCGAAGUGCGCCGAUACUCUCAAGACGUGCCACAUGUGUCGCAAGACCAUUGUAAAGAAGAUUAACCUUUACUGAACGACAGGGUGGCGUGGAAUAUUUGCCAAGUACUACUCUUCCUGCAUUCAAUGACUAUAUAGGCAAUUUGUGUUUUCCGCACCUCCCAACUUUUACUGCCCAGAGAGAAACUUACAAAUACAGUGAGGUGUCAAUAGAUUUUUUUUUCUUACUUUCUGAUUGACAUAGACAGUGUAAUAGCAAUUUCUGAAAUAUGAUAUAUCUCUUUGUAAUCCGUGUAACAUUGAAGUAUAAACCAUAAGAUAAUUGAGAACAAUCACACUGACCACAAACUUUCUAUAACUGCGUAGUUUUUAUCUACUGGACCUUUUUCUUACUGCAAUAGUACACUUAUAGAUGAGAAAAAAAAGAGAAUUUAGCAGACAAAAUGCCCUUAUUUUCUUAAGAAUUCGGGAAAAAUACAGAUUUGUAGUGAAGAGAUUUGUCUAUUUUGUAUUGUGGAUUUAUAUGGGAUAAAGUGAGAAAUAAGAACGGCAAGAAUAAAGAUUCAAUUUACAGGAAAAUCCGCAAUAAAUGAUCCCCUGUCGUGAAGGAAUUAUAGUGAAGAAAAAAGUGAAAUAUUUAAAUGGAUUUACUCUUGUAGCUUACUUUCUUUUUAUGUACAUAAGGAAAGUAUAUCGUGAAUUAAAGUUUUCAUCACCUAGUUUGAAUUCAUAUCUUUUAAAUUAAAUAUCUUUUAAAGCUGUCUCUCUUAUAGUUGUGUUUAUUUCAAAAUGAUUUUGUGUGUUCCAUACAUUUUUAUUUAUUCUACUUCCCCAUGAAAUGUAACCAAUGAUAAAGAACAUAAUCAUGUUAAAAGUAUAUUACAAUUAAUAUUGUGUAACAAUUGUUCAUAGUUUAAUUUGUUAUGAGAAAUGCUGAUGAACUGUAUCAAAAUAUCAUGAAAAUAUAAUCA